ACAUGCGGUUUGAGUACUGCACAUUACAGUAAAAAAUCAAAGAUAGCUAUUGAUUAAGGUAUCAUGGUGCGAAAACGCACAAUAACAACACAGAACAUAUUUCAAGCUUGCGACGCAUAUAUAGAAUAGCGUAUAAUGUAAUUUAGUAGCUAAUUGCUUUUGACAAAACAUCUCGAUGCUUCUCCUUGAUUUAGACAGAUAUAGCGCAGUUAGGGCGUUGGUGGCUGAUAAGCGCGUGCCGGCGGCCGCAUUGUUCUUUAUGCGUUGGGCUGGGUCUCGUGACUCGUUCAACGUUGUCCACGCCCUGGUUUUGAGAAAAAUUAGUUACUGAUACGAGUCAUACAGUUAUCAAAGGCUACACAACAAUCUAAUAAUGUCAGGGUCCCUGGCAUUUGAUGAAUAUGGGCGGCCUUUUAUCAUUGUAAAGGACCAGGAGAGGCAAAAGCGCAUUACCGGGACCGAUGCAAUCAAGAGUCACAUCCUGGCGGCGCGCACCAUCGCCAGUACGCUGCGCACCUCGCUGGGCCCCAAGGGGCUCGACAAGCUGAUGAUGUCACCUGACAGUGAUGUCACCAUCACCAACGACGGCGCCACCAUCCUGAAGAUGAUGGACGUGGACCACGAGAUUGCCAAGUUGAUGGUGCAGCUCAGCCAGAGCCAGGAUGAUGAGAUCGGCGAUGGCACCACCGGUGUGGUCGUGUUGGCCGGCGCGCUGCUCGAGCAGGCCGAGAUCCUGCUGGACAAGGGCAUCCACCCGAUCCGUGUGGCGGACGGGUUCGAGAUGGCGGCCCAGUUUGCCAGCCAGCACCUGGAGACGAUCGCCGACAGCUUCCCCGUAGACCCGGCCAACACCGAGCCACUCGUCAAGGUGGCCAUGACCACGCUAGGAUCGAAAAUUGUGAACCGGUGCCACCGUCAGAUGGCCGAGAUUGCCGUCAACGCCGUCAUGACGGUGGCCGACCUCAAGUCCAAGGACGUCAACUUCGAGCUCAUCAAGGUGGAGGGCAAGGAGGGCGGCAAGCUCGAGGACACGAUGCUCGUCAAGGGUGUGGUCGUCGACAAGGACUUCUCGCACCCGCAGAUGCCCAAGGAACUUAGGGAUGUUAAAAUUGCCAUUCUUACCUGCCCGUUCGAGCCACCCAAGCCCAAGACCAAGCAUAAGCUGGACGUCACCUCUGUCGAGGACUACAAGGAGCUCAGGAAGUACGAACACGAAAAGUUCGACGAGAUGGUCCGACAGGUGAAGGACGCCGGCGCCACGCUCGCCAUCUGCCAGUGGGGAUUCGAUGACGAGGCGAACCACCUGCUGCUGCAGCGCCAGCUGCCGGCCGUCCGCUGGGUGGGCGGCCCCGAGAUCGAGCUGAUCGCCAUCGCCACCGGCGGCCGCAUCGUGCCGCGCUUCCAGGAGCUCUCGGCUGACAAGCUGGGCCGCGCCGGCCUGGUGCGCGAACUGAGCUUCGGCACCACGCGCGACCACAUGCUGGUCAUCGAGGAGUGCUCCAACAGCCGGGCCGUCACCAUCUUCAUCCGCGGCGGCAACAAGAUGGUCAUCGAGGAGGCUAAGCGUUCGCUGCACGACGCGCUCUGCGUGGUGCGCAACCUGGUGCGCGACGACCGGAUCGUGUACGGAGGCGGCGCCGCCGAGAUCUCGUGCGCGCUGGCCGUGUCGCAGCAGGCGGAUCAGAUUUCGACACUGGAGCAGUACGCGUUCCGCGGGUUCGCCGAUGCUUUGGAGGUGAUUCCUAUGGCGCUGGCCGAGAAUUCUGGUCUGUCGGCCAUCCACACCCUCACCGAGGUGAAAACGAGGCAGCUCAAGGAGAAAAACCCGGCGCUCGGUAUCGACUGUCAGGACAAGGGCACCUGCGAUAUGAAGGAGCAGAACGUCAUCGAGACGCUUCACAGCAAGAAGCAGCAGAUCAUGCUGGCCACGCAGCUGGUGAAGAUGAUACUCAAGAUCGACGACGUGCGCUCGCCGGCCGAGAGCAUGUGAGCCCCGGCGCGCGCCCCUUCCGCGCCGCGCCGCGUCCCACCUCCGUUCCGUUCGCAAGUCAUGACGUGAUUGUCUUUUGAUGCUGUGUAAUGUCCACGCGUCUCAUUAACACUUCGGUCAAUAACCAUCGAAGCUAGCUGAAUAAAUUUAUUCACACAAUCA